AUGAACUCAGCUCUUCUGAUUUUGCUUGCGUCCUUUGCACUGUGCCAAGCAUCAAAUACUCAAGAGGUGACCGACCCAAACUUCGAAGGCGACCUAGCUUAUCCAACGCCAUACUAUGCAUUGCCAUCUGACGAUCCGGUGUGGAACACAUUGUACUCGAUGGCGCUGGUAGCUGCCGUGGUGUUCAUCAGCAUUCCUGGAAAGUCCCUUCAAAGGCUGCAGAUGUGCACUGUUGUUCUGCUGGGCACCUAUUUCACGCUUGUUCAUCUGAUGCUGUCAAGCAUCAAUGUGCAGUGGUAUCUCGAUCUGUCUGUAUUGGCAGUCAGUGCAAUUGCUGCAUUCGUAUCAUCUGUCAGGAUAUUCAGAGACGUAUGCCUUGCAUUAAUAUGUGCAUAUGGUGCAAGCUACCUUACAAUCCUGAUCACAAGGAUCAGCUACAUAUACAUGUGGACUGCAUGGGUGCUGCUGUUCAUCUUCUUUGCCUUCUUCCUGUUCCUUGGGCAUAGAAACAACAGCAGGCUGCUGAAGUCAAUAUCAAGGGCCGAGGUGUACAGCAUUUCUGUGUGCAUACUUAUUGGACUGUGGAGCUCUCUUAAUGCAUUUGAGGGAUGGCAUGGGGUGAGCUCGAGCGAUAGCACUGCCCUGGGUGUAUUUGUGGGCGGGUCUGCAUUCAUCAUCAUCUUUGCAAUCAUCUUUGUCGAAAGCUACCUGUUGAGGUUUAGAGACAACGACGAUGAGAAGGAAGAGGAGGGCCAACAGCAGCAGCAACAGCAGCAGCAGCAAGAAUCUAAGGCAUAA